UUGACAGCACUAGUUUUUCGGCCGAAAAAUAAAGAACAAUAAAAAGUUUGUGGCCCGCAAAAAAACGGAUCGGAUCGGAUCGCAGCAAGCCAACUGAGAGUGCAGCGUGGUGUCCUCUCACCUGUGACCUGUGACCCCCCGCCCCCGUGAGCGUGAGUGUAACAGUGUUAAUUGGAGCAGCCUAGGCAGCGUGUAAAAGUUGCGGAAUUAUCGUGGCAAAGAGUGUGUGGUGCGAGCGAGAGGGGAAGAGAGAGAGGCAUAGAGUCCAGCCGUCGCCGCAAUUGCCGCACGCAUAAAAUAUGAUCAAAUUGCGAAAACGAAAUUGAUUUCAAUUGGCGACUCAACAAAAGCAAACGCAAUUUCAAUGUUUGGCGCCUGCUGCGACUCUUGAGACUCGUUUAAGCCACCAAUACCAACCAAUCAGGACUUAGCCAAGUUCCGCACUGAGGCUUUUUGGCCAUGGCGCAGCAAACGCAGCCGCAGCAGCAGCAGGCGGCGCCGCCGUCGUCGUCGACACCGGCCUCCGCGGCAGCUGGUUCUGGAGGAGGGGCUGGUGGCGGUGCCGUCACGCCCAUUUCCACGCCGUCGACACCGCAGCCGACACCAGCCGGAAACAACAGCAGCAACAACAAUAAUAAUAACAAUAACAGCAACUCCGGCACGCUGGUUUCGCCUUCGGGGAACAACAAUCUAAUGACACCCGUCCAGGCCUUCACUCCAGCCGGACAGCCUCUGUUCAAUCCUCACCUGUACAUGCCCCAACACGGUGGUCAUCCGCAUGCAGGAAAUCCGUACCAGGCGAUGAUCCAGACGCAACUUCCCAAUGUGUUUGUGAACAACGUCACUGCCAAUGUAAAUCUGCAUGGCUGGUCGCACACGGUGCCCACUUAUCUGCCUGGAGGAGCACAAUCCCACUAUAUUGGCCAUGGAGACAUGCCUCAAGACCAGGGCAACGCCCUGAUGCCGCAACACCUGCAGCAAUUGCCCAUGAACCUGGCAACCCAGGGCGGAUCCCCCAAUCUUCACACUCCGGGAAUGGGCGGACGUGGUCGAGGAGGACGCGGAGGGCGUUCUCGCGGCGGUGGUAGCAUGCGUCGCAACGACUAUCAUGGACCACGUCAUAUCCAGCAGCAGCAGCAACAGCAAAUAGUUACCCUGCCACCGCAGCAAUUGCCACCGCCGGAUGGUGCGCCCGGUUCUAAUCCUGGCCUGCAGCUACAGCCUGACCAGAUGGGUCAGCAGUUGCAGGCGCCGCCAGAGGCGCAGAUGCAGUCCUUGCCGUACUACGCCCAUGCUCCACCGCAUGCCUAUGCCUACGGCCCGUAUCCCACGCCCUACUUUGCGCCACAGCAUGCCCAACUGCAGCCUCCGCCCAACCCGGCGGCGGCUGCUGCUCAGCAAGCGACAGGGACACCAGUAUACAUCUCUCCGGUGAUGUACAAUCCAGCUCAGAUGUACAACUGCAUGUACUAUCCCGUGAUGCAUCCGGCGGAAUACCAGUACUUGCCGGAAGAUGUUCAGGCUGGAGUGGCAGUAGAUGAACGUGUCCAGCAACAGGAAGGAGUUAUCCCUCAGAUCUGGCACUCGGCCCCCAUGUAUGCCGAAGAAUACGCCGAAGUGCUCCAACAGCAACAACAGCAGCAGCAGCAGCAACAGGUGGCCGGCCAUCCCAAUGGCGGAGUUCCCAAUGUGGGCGAUGAACUGAACCACAACAGCGCCUCGCUGCCCUCCUCGGAAACAUCAAGCAUGCUCAGUCCGACUUACCCCAUCUAUGAUACGCAGUUACACGAGAUGCAGCACCAGAUGAACGUCAUGCAGAUCUAUGAAGAUGGUCAGAUGGCCAUACAGCCGAUUCAUCCAGGAGCGGGUCCCGUGCAGCAGUAUGACGAGGAAAUCGUCGAGUGCGGAGCUCCUCCACCCGGCACUAUUCCGGUGGCCUGGACCGCUGCGAUGCCCAUGCCAGCGGAUGGAGCUCAGCCAGCCUUGCUGCCACAUCCGCCGCAUCACAUCCUGCAGCAGCCAUCGCCUGUGUUAAUCGAACAGCCGCCGCAGCUUGUGCCGGUUGCGCCUUCACAACAGGCACCGACACCGACACCCACAACUCCACAAAUGCAGCCCCUUCAGGAGCAAAUGGUGGACAAGAAUUUGAUAAAUAACAACAACGAGGUGGUGGCCUUGGAUGAGAAAUUGGCCAGCGAGAAGCAGCAGCAACUUGACUUGGAGUUUCAUCAACAGCAACAGCAGCAGCAACUGCAGCAGCAACAGCAAGAACAUCAGCAGAAACUGCAGCAGCAGCAACAGCAAGAACAGCAGCAGCAGCAGCAACAUCAUCAUCAAUUACCGCCGCAGCAAAUUGAGCCACAGUUAACCAAAGUGCCAAACCUGGUAGUAGCAACAGUGGCUCCUCAACUUCAGCAACCACCACAGCAUCAUCAUCACCAGCAGCAACAGCAGCCUGCACCGCAGCAACACCAGCAGCAGCAGACAUCGCCUGUGGUGGUGCCGCCUCAGCAGCAGCAGACCAGCUACCAUGAGCAGCACCAGCCGCAUCAGGCACCCCAACAGCAACAGCAAACGCAGCCACAGCGCAAGCCGCCUCAGCAAUAUAAUCAAUCGCAGCAGCAACAGGUGCGUCGCAAGUACUCCUCGGAGUACAAUCACCAUCAUCAUCAGCACGGCAGCAGUGAUACCGGCAUCCAGACCACCAAGACGAUGUCCUGGACGAAUUCUGCCCAGCACAAGAAGUCGACGCAAUCGGUUUCGGUCACAGCCUCCCCCAACAAUGUAAACAAUGGUCCAGGAGUGGGAGUGGGAAAUAACCCAAAGAUUAACAACUAUAGUCACACCACCAAGACGUUCACCAAUCAGCAACACUACCAGCAGCAGCAGCAGCAUCAGCACCAGCAGCAUCAACAGCAGCACUAUCAGAACCAGAACAACUACAACAGCGGCGGCAGUAGCAGCAAUAACAGCAGCACCUCCAGCAACAGCAGCGGCAAUCAGCCUCAGGUGCGCACCUAUGGCACCAUGAAAGUGCCCUCCUCGCCGGUGGCCAGCACAGCCCCAACGCUGGAGCGGAAGAACAGCCAGCAGGGGCCAGCACCAGCAGCAGCAGCAACUCCUACAGCAACUACCUCAACGGCCAGUAUCACGGCUAACCCGAAUCAAUUCCUGCCGGAGACGAGCAACAAUAAUACCGCUGCACCAGUAGCUGUGCCUCAGCCUCCUCAGCAGGCUGUCCCGGUGACUAUACAGCCAGCAGCAGCACCACAACCUGCAGUAGCACCACCAGCAGCAGCACCAACAACCAAAUCCUACAGCAGCUAUGCGGCCAAGAAGCAUCAGGCACAUGAACCGACUGCCCUGAGCUCCGUGGUGGCCAGCUCCGGUACCAGUUCAUCCAGCAACCCGCAACCACCUCUGAAUCUUGCCCCACCGGCGCCACCAGCAUCGCAGAAUAGCGGCGACAGUGCGCAGUUCUCGUGGGCCAGUCUGUUUGCCAGCAAUAAACCCGUGGCCAAGGUGGCACCCUAUGAUGCGAGCAAAACUGUACAGCAGCAGCAGCAGCAGCCUCAUCCAGUGCUCCAGCUAGCUCCACCUCAGCCAGCUCAAGUGGCAGUCACUGCUGCGGUGGCAGCUGCUCCUCCAGAAAAUCCUCAACUGGCACCACAGCAGAGUCAGCCCCUGCCAACUGCUCAUCAGCAAUCGCAGUUGCCAGCUCCAGUGCCAGUGCCCACAGCACCGCUGAUAACACCCGGAACGCUGUCCUACUCGGCGGCAUCUGCUCAAGCUGUGCCCGCUUCUGCGCCAAGUCCUGCAUCUGCAUCUGUUAAGCCCCUUAAGCCGGAGCCUGUGCGUCAUCAACUCGAUGAGUGGACCAAUAAGUACGCCGAGUUUUUGACCCGCCACAAGACCAACUUGUCACCGAUCAGCCUGCGUCCCCGAGGUCUGACUAAUAGGUCCAACUACUGCUACAUCAACUCGAUAUUGCAGGCUCUGCUAGGCUGUUCGCCCUUCUACAAUCUGCUGCGCACCAUACCCAAGCAGACGGCGGUCUUGAGUGAGGUGAAAACACCCACAGUAAAUGCCAUGAUGUCGUUUAUGACCAACUUUUCGUCGCUGCCCAACGGUCUGCGUUUGCGUUUGAACAACAACCUGAACAAGGGAGGAGCUCAGAACAAGGGCAAGGAUGAGUUUAUAGGCUCAGAUCUGCAGUGUGACAUGGCCUUUGAGCCGACAGAAAUCUAUAAGCUGUGGAAUGACAGUCGCGAGGAGCAUGUCGAGGGUCGCCAAGAGGAUGCAGAGGAGUUCUUGGGCUAUGUGCUCAACAAACUUAACGACGAGAUGCUGGAGGUGAUUAAACUUAUUGACAAGCCCAGCUCUCAGCAGAAUGGCCAGAAUGAGCAGUCGGAGCCCGAGGAUGGCGGCGAUGUCUGGCAGAUGAUAUGCAACAACCGCAACAAGGGCAGUGUCACCCGGCAAACCGACUUUGGACGCACUCCCAUCAGCGACAUCUUUCGCGGCGAACUACGUUCCCGUUUGCAGCGGGAGGGAGAGCACUCCACAGACGUGAUUCAGCCCUUCUUCACGCUGCAAUUGAACAUUGAGAAAGCUGCCUCAGUUAAGGAAGCUUUGGAAAUCCUAGUGGGUCGCGAUCAGCUGGAGGGCGUCACCGGCAGCAAGACCAAGCAGGAGGUGGUGGCCUGGCAGCAAAUGACGCUGGAGAAGCUGCCCGUUGUCCUGAUAUUGCAUUUAAAAUACUUUGACUAUCGCUCAGAUGGUUGCACAAAGAUCCUGAAGAAAGUGGAGUUCCCCGUGGAGCUCAAGAUCGAUGCCAAAAUCCUCGGCUCGAAGAAGACCUCGCAGAAGCAGCGGGCCUACCGACUGUUUGCAGUGGUCUAUCACGACGGCAAGGAGGCCUCCAAGGGCCAUUACAUCACGGACGUGUUCCAUACGGGCUACAGCAGCUGGCUGCGCUACGACGACAGCUCGGUGAAGCCGAUCGGCGAGAAGAAUGUCCUCCAGCCGCACACGCCGCGGGUGCCUUACCUUUUGUACUACCGCCGCUCUGACACUUUGCCCCAGCAGCAGCAGCAGCAGGCACCACAGCAGAGCUCCGCUUCCAAUGGAGGAGCAGGAGUGGGCAGCAGCUCCUCGUCGUCGAAUGCCGGGGACAGCAAGUGAAGCAGGCAACAAGCAGCGUUGUAAAAAUACAUGUUAGGAUAUAUAUAUAUAUCAUAUAUUUUUGUGUCAGUGCGUGUGUGUGAGCGAGUGUGUGAGUCUUGGUUUUAUAUGCAUUAUACAAUAUAUAACAGUUUGAUAUAUAAUCGAGCGGUAUACAUAUAUCUAAGCCCAAAGUCCAAAGCGCAUGUCAGUGUGUGUGUGUGUGUGAGCGAAGAACUUAGCUCUAAGCUAGAAACUAGAUUUAAGUAACAGAAAACGAACCAUAAAUGCAGCAACAAAAAUUGGUAGAAACGAAAACUUUGUACAAAGUGUAGAAGCAGAAGCAGAAACAGCGAGCAAAUUAUCAUUAUAACCUAGUGCUAAAUCUACAAAAAAAAACCCCUAACUUUUCCAUGUGGCACAAAAACCAUUAUUCGUAGUAGGUGUUAGGAAGGCCCCCUAGAAUCUUUCUCGAUACGAUGUUAUGACAAACGCUUAGAGCUGUAAAUAUAUACACAAAUAUCAAUAUAUAUAUAUAUAUAUAUAUAUAUAUAUAUAUAUAUAUUGUAGUUGAUGCAUGCAGGCAUUUAAAGAAGGAACCCAACCGCAGCAACAAUAUAUAUGGAAUGCUUUGAAUAUGCUUUAAAUAUAUACAUUACAGUCAUCGGUUGUGGUCUAAAUAGUAGCCAAACCUUUGUAAAGAUCCAAACUCUACAAAAAGUUGGAGAGUUACGAAAGAUGUUAAUUCAAAAAGUCUCAAAAUCAAAUUAUUUUACGAUAUUAAGUCCUUUUAUAUUUUUUUCUACAUUGCAAAAUCGUUGUUAUAAAAUCGUAAGCCUCAAAUAUUAUGUAAUUAAUUUUUUUUAAAAGGAACCAGAUAAUAUUAAUCUUGUAUUUUGUUAUAAAAUCGUAAGCCUCAAAUAUUAUGUAUUUUUCAAAGUGAGCAGAAAAUAUUAAUCUAAUAAGUUGGCCUCUAUUUCGAUCACAACCGUGCUUGUUCUUGCUUAAUAAGCAAUUAAAUAAGUCAAUACCAGCUCGCGUUCAUUUUGUAAUUUAUUUUGUAUGUUGUUUAGUUUUACACGGCAGAUCCACACAUCUCUAUAAAUAUAAUUAUAAACUCUAUAUAAUGUAUACAUACGCAACUUGUUAUUCAUAGUUAGUGAAACAUUUUUUGUGUGCGGGAAUCAUGAUAUUUGAAGUUGGCAUUAUUUGCAACAUAUUUUUCCUAGGUCUACGGCAUUUAGUUUAUAUAUAUAUCACCUUAGAGAGAAUUGAAGCAGAAAAUGUAACGAAAAAAUAUAGAUUUAUAUGUGUAAUCGGGUCAGAACUAAAACUAAUCAAUCAUACUAGUUGAUAGCUAUAUAAAAAGCGUAUACACCCAUAUAUAUAUAUAUUUUCUUAAGCUAUAUAAACGCAUAUAUAUAUUAUAUAUAGAUAUCGUGCCAAUGUUAAAACAUCAAAAAUGGUUUAAAAAAAAUAUAUAUAUACAUAAAAAGCAAAUAACUUGUCAAAGCUUUGUAUAGUCAGCGGCUAAACGAGGAAAGAAUAUAAACAAUUAAGCAAUUAAGAUGAUUUUGCUAAACUUAGUCCUGUAUCAAAAAUCUAUGCAUUCUUUGGCGACCUUAAAAUUAUAGUUUUAUGUUUGAAAUUUUAGAUCCUUGAUAUGUAUGCUGAGCCCACAAAGAAAAGUAAGCGAAAAUCUUGAAAUAUUCUUAGGCUAGAAUGCAUUGACAUCUACGACGUAUAUUAAGCGAAACCAUAAAUAUAAAUCUAAAUAAUAUAUAUAUAUUUUGAUGUUAUACAAAUAUGAACUAAUUGUAAGCCAAAUUAUAGGAAAACAUUUUUUAUAUAGACACUUGGGCGCGUCUGCGUUUUGCUAGUUACAAAAUAGGUUCCUAAAAACUACGAAAAUUAAAAAAAAAAAACAACCACAAAACGUAACGAAAUGUUGAAGCAAAGGAAUAUUACAAAAACAAUAAUAUUAAUACUGAUAUACACAUAUAUAUUAUAUAUAUAGUCUAAAGCCAAGCUAAAAUCAUAUAAACCUUAAUAUUAAACUGAUGAGAAACCACAAAACAAACAUACAAUACAUAUAAAUUUAUAAAUUCAAUUUAUACAAGACCCAAGCAAAGCAAAAGCAAGGAGAAAGGCAGAGAUUGAACAAGUUGAAUUACCAUUUAUAUAUAUUUUUGCAAGCGAAAUUAGAAUGUGAAACAUAAACAAAGGAAGCAUAUAUAGGAUUAAUUAUAAAACCACAACUAAAGACGUAAACUUUGUAAACUUUUCUUCGCAUGUAAUCUUCUAUUUUUUUUUAAUCAUAGUUGUUAUAUAAUUUAUGGAAUACUCCAAAAAAAGAAUUGUUCAUUCGGAUUUUAAAAUUAAUUUAAAAAUUAACAUCAGGCCCCAAUUGUUAUGUUCCAUGCGAAGAGUGUGUUUUAAAGCUAUUAUGAAAAAAAACAAUGAAUUGAUAACUGAAUUUAUUAUUAACAUUAAUGAUUUUUUAAACCUCUUACUGCCUAAUAGUCUUGAAACGCACUGUUCCUAUGUCCUCUGUUUUUUGUAUAAACAAAAAAACAAACGUAAUUUUCGGCUUUUAUUUUAAUACUAUUUUUUUGUAGCCCUCUUUGGCCCUGUGUUGUCCCCGAAUUAUGUAUGUUUUAGUUCUUAAGUAGUUUCUAAGGCUGUGUAACUAACCAUAAAAUAUGUACUAACACUUAUUGCUUUUGGUUAGAAGGUGUCCGAUAGGUUUUGCCAGACAGUUUUUGUUAAUUUUCGCUAUUUUUUUCCCCCCUUUGCGUUCGGUGGUGACGAUUGAUUGAGGCCUCUGGCGAGAGGCUCUCUGAUAAACAGAAAUUGGCAAGUGCACUUACUAAACGUAUAACGAGCGCGUAAUAGCGCGUAAAAUCCGGGAGAGAAUGGAAUCGAAAUGAGGAGCAUCAGUUCUAAGUGCGUUUAGCCAGCAGACAAACUAAUAUUAAAUAUUAAACGUUUUGUAAUCAAGUUUUCAAGAAGGGGUCAGUGUGCGGUGAUAUAAAAACAAAGAGAGAAACUAACAAAUAACAAGACACUAGAUGGUUAGCAGCGCGAAAUGAUAAGUUAAACAACAAACUGAAACUGAAACUAAAAAAGAAACUGAAAAACAAAACUAAAAACAAAACAAAGCAAAGCAAAACGCGAAUUAAUUAGUCCACAUUUAGUCUAAAAAGGAAAAUAAAACCAAGCUAAAGUAAAUCUACAAACUAAAACGAAUUCAUUUGUACUAAGUAAAACUAACAUUGUAACGUGGAAGCAAGCUAAAAACAUAAACGAAAUGAAAUGAAAUGAAACAUUAUAUAGCUAUAAAAAUAAAUCGAGUGAUUUCAUUGCCACAAGCAAA